AUGUCAAUGGAAAGGGGAAUGUUAAUGGGCGAAGUUCCACGAGAGAAAAGUAUCAGUUUGCAUUUGAGAAAAGCAAGGACGUUGAUGGAUGCGGAUAUUCUCCGGGUAGAAUUUCUAGGGCGGAAUUUCAAAGAGGAGCAUGAUUUCCGGCUGACAAGGUGCAUCGCGGUGAAUCCAGCGAAUUUAGAUACUAUCGCCUCGGGUCACGGCCAGGAGACACGAGCAUUAUCUUCAUCGCUCGAUUCGACAUCAAAGGUCGACUACGGAAUGCUGCCUUUGAAACGAACUAACCGAAGAAAAAGUGAUCUGGAAAUCCAGUCCGAUCGGGAAACAGAGGCGUGCGACGUGGCGAUGAUACAUCACGUAGCAUAG